AUGCCUCUCGACAUCCCUGAUCCUCCCAGAGACGCAGUCAACUUCUGCAACUUUGUUACGCACGCUCCCACCCCCUUCCAUGCCGUUGCCCACCUCACAACCAGUCUCUUCGCCACCGGAUUUGAGCAUAUUUCUGAACGAACCUCAGACACUGCUUUGAAGGCUGGCGGGAAAUACUUUUAUACCAGAAACCAGUCGUCGCUGGUAGCUUUCACCCUUCCAGAGAAGCCGACGAAAGAGACAGCAAUCUCUUUUGCGGCCGGACAUCUCGAUUCGCCUUGCCUCAAAGUCAGGCCAGUGAGCAAAAAGAUCAAGUCGGGCUAUCUCCAAGUCGGCGUAGAGCUGUAUGGGGGAGGCAUCUGGCACUCGUGGUUUGACCGGGAUCUGUCCAUCUCGGGCCGCGUGAUCAUCGCCAAUAGAAGUGCCUCUGCAGAGCACAAGUAUGUGAGCAAGCUCGUCAGGAUCGACAGACCCAUUCUGCGCAUCCCCACUCUUGCCAUCCACCUGGACAGAACGGCGAACGACAACUUCAAGUUUAACAAAGAGACCGAGUUCCAGCCCAUCCUGGGCUUGGUUGAAAGCAUCUUGAACGAACCUACCAAGACUGCUUUGAAGCGGACGCAUGACCAAGUGGCCACCCCUCCGCCGACUUCCUUGAGCAACAAGGCGCAGGAGGAUGAGAUCAAUAUCGCAAUGCAGGAGGAGAAGCAUCACCCCAAGUUGUUGGCUGUCUUGGCCGACGAAUUGGGAUGUGAUGUCGCAGACAUCCAGGAUUUCGAGCUCUCUCUGUAUGAUACUCAGCCCUCACAAGUCGGCGGUCUCUCCAACGAGUUCAUCUUCUCGCCCCGGAUCGACAAUCUCAUGACCUCCUUCUCGACUAUCGAAGCUCUUUGCGAAGCCGUCCAGUCCGCCAAUGCCGCAGAUGAAACAAACAUCAGGGCUGUGGUAUUGUUCGACAAUGAGGAAGUGGGAAGUGUCUCGCAUCAUGGAGCGGAGAGUAACAUCUUGCCAGCAUUCGUCGAGAGAAUCGCGGGGUUGGAAGACUAUAAGGAGAAGGGAUACUUCAACCUCUUGGCGAACAGUUUCGUCAUCUCGGCCGAUAUGGGUCAUGCUAUCCACCCCAACUACGAAUCGCGAUACGAGGCAAACCUCGCGCCCAAGCUGAACGGGGGCGUGGUGAUCAAGACCAACGCCAACCAGCGAUACACUUCCAACGCUCAGACGACAUUUUUAACCCGUCGAGUGGCCAAGAAGGCCGGGGUGCCUUUGCAAGAGUUUGAAGUCCGCAACGAUUCUUCUUGUGGUUCUACUCUUGGUACAUUCCUGUCCAAACACGUCCGCACCGUUGACAUUGGCCUCGCCCAACUGUCUAUGCACUCGAUUCGGGAAACCGCGGGGUCGAAAGACGUGCGGUAUUACAUCGACUUUUUCAGAGCAUUCUUUGAAGGAUUUGGGCAGAUCGACAAGGAGCUGAGGGUGGACUGGAAGUAG